CCCUGUCGACUUCCGUCGCCACCAGUUCGCUGCAUCAGCUGAUUGAAGUAGUGCCGAUCAGACUUCGGGAAAAUUGUAGUGGAAACAGAGGUGUUUCAGCAACUCGUGAGCGAUGGUCACAGAAGAGACAAGUGAAAGCAGUUGUCGAUGUUGCAGACUUUAAAGUAAGCGAGUGCUCCGCUGGCUUAGCGCCUUUCCAGAGCCUGGAGCGGCGGGCCGUUCGCUUCAUGUCACCUUCUUGUUGGCGGUCCCUCUGAUCUGCUUACAGGUGACUGGGACGGGGAUGAGUCAUGGCAUCAGUGAAAGUGGCCGUCAGACUGAGGCCUAUGAACAGGCGGGAGAAAGACUUGGAAGCCAAAUGCAUUAUUAUCAUGGAAAGGAACAAGACAUCCAUUACCAAUAUAAAGAUCCCAGAAGGCAUGUCAGGUGACAGCGCAAGGGAGCGUACCAAGACUUUCACCUAUGACUUCUCCUAUGACUCUACUGACUGCAAGCACUCAUCUUAUGUGUCUCAGGAAAAGGUUUUUAAUGACCUUGGCACUGAUGUCCUUAAAUCUGCUUUUGAAGGUUACAAUGCCUGUGUUUUUGCCUAUGGCCAGACAGGAUCUGGCAAGUCAUACACAAUGAUGGGAAACCCGGGAGAUUCUGGUCUCAUACCACGUAUAUGUGAAGGGCUCUUCAGCAGGAUUUCUGGAAUGUCAAGACGGGAUGAGGCAUCUUUUCGUACUGAAGUCAGCUAUCUGGAAAUUUAUAAUGAACGAGUGAGGGACUUGCUGAGAAGAAAAUCAAGUAAAACGUAUAAUUUACGAGUACGUGAGCAUCCAAAGGAUGGGCCUUAUGUGGAGGAUUUAUCCAAGCAUUUGGUGCAGAACUACAGUGAUGUUGAGGAACUCAUGGAAGCUGGGAAUAUUAACCGAACAACAGCCAGCACUGGCAUGAAUGAUGUGAGCAGCAGGUCACAUGCAAUUUUCACCAUCAACUUCACACAGGCUAAGUUUGACGCUGAAAUGCCAUGUGAGACGGUCAGCAAGAUUCACUUAGUGGACUUAGCCGGGAGUGAGAGAGCUGAUGCCACCGGUGCCACUGGAGUGAGACUGAAAGAAGGAGGGAACAUUAACAAAUCUCUUGUCACUCUGGGAAAUGUUAUCUCUGCCUUAGCCGAUUUAUCUCAGGAUUCUGCCAUCUCCCAUUCAAAGAAAAAACAAGUGUUCGUGCCUUACAGGGACUCUGUUUUAACCUGGCUUUUAAAAGACAGUCUUGGUGGGAAUUCUAAAACCAUUAUGGUUGCCACUAUUUCACCUGCAGAUGUUAACUAUGGAGAAACCUUGAGCACACUUCGCUAUGCAAACAGAGCCAAAAACAUCAUCAACAAGCCUACCAUUAACGAAGAUUCCAAUGUCAAACUAAUCCGUGAACUGAGGGCUGAAAUAGCUCGACUGAAAGCUCUACUGGCUCAGGGGAACCAGAUUGCCCUUUUGGACUCACCAACAGCAUUAAGUAUGGAAGAAAAACUCCAUCAGAAUGAAGCUCGGGUCAUAGAACUCACAAAAGAAUGGACUAAUAAAUGGAAUGAGACCCAAAAUAUUUUGAAGGAGGAAACACUUGCUCUAAGAAAAGAAGGAAUUGGAGUAGUUCUGGACUCGGAAUUGCCCCAUUUAAUUGGCAUUGAUGAUGAUUUGCUAAGUACAGGCAUCAUUCUGUACCAUUUAAAGGAGGGAAGAACGUAUGUUGGCCGAGAUGAUGCUGCAACUGAGCAGGAUAUAGUUCUUCAUGGCCUUGAUUUGGAGAGUGAGCACUGUGUGUUUGAAAACCUCAACGGCACUGUGACCCUAAUUCCAUUGAACAUGGCUCAGUGUUCAGUUAACGGAAUUCAGAUUGAGGAACCCACACAACUUAACCAAGGUGCUGUUCUGCUGCUUGGAAGGACCAACAUGUUCCGGUUUAAUCAUCCCAAAGAAGCUGCUAAACUCAGGGAGAAGAGGAAGAGUGGACUUCUUUCCUCAUUUAGUCUUUCCAUGACAGAUCUAUCAAAAUCCUGUGAGAAUCUCUCAGCCGUCAUGCUUUACAAUCCAGGUCUUUUCACAGCGAAGGGACCGAUCUGUCUGAGGCUUGAAUUUGAAAGACAGCAACGAGAAGAACUGGAAAAACUCGAGAAUAAAAGAAAGCUGAUUAAAGAAAUGGAAGAGAAACAGAAGUGUGAAAAGGCAGAACUGGAAAGGAUGCAGCAGGAAGUAGAGUCCCAGCGUAAAGAAUCUGAGCAGGUUCAACUACGCAUCAAGAGACAAGAAGAAAGCCUCAAGCGCAGGAGUCUGGACAUUGAGAGCAGGCUGAAAGACCUUCUCGCUGAGAAGGAGCGCUUUGAAGAAGAACGUCUGAAGGAGCAGCAAGAGAUAGAGCUGAAGAAAAAGAAGCAGGAAGAGGAAAUUCACAUCCGAGUACAGAAGGAGCAGCAGAAGCUCCAGGAGAUCCAUACAAAAGAAAUGAGGGAAAAGAUGCAAAUCUUCCGGGAACUGGAAAAAUUGAAACGGGAGAGAGAUGAACAGUCUAGCAAACUGGAACAGGAGAAGAAACGCUUGGAGGAGCAAGAGAAAGAGCAGCUGACACUUGUAUACCGACUAGAGGAACAGUUACGAGAGAAGCAGGAGAUGAUAGGACUGCUGAAGAGAGAUGAUGCUCAGAGAAUGCAACAAGAAAAGCACGUUCUGGAGGAGAUCAGAGAAGUUCUUCUCAAGGUAAAAGAGUCUAGUCCUGAUGGAGACGAGGAGCAGGAGGAUGUGAGGAAUGCACAACAGAAGUACAUGAACUUCAAGCUCCAGCAACUUGAGCAGCUAAGCCAGAUUGAAGAAGAGCUAAAGCAGCAGAAGGAGCAACUGGAAAAAGAUAUUGUGAGUGAGCAAAAAGCACUUUCAAUCCAAAGAGAGAGGCUUGCAACUUCUGAUGUGCCCAUUUCAGUUCAAGAGAAGGAUAAGAUCAGGCUUGCUGAGCAGAGACUUCAUUGCAAAGAGAGGCAGCUGCAUUCCCUGACCGAAAACCAUUUGCCUGCAACAGUAGAAGAAAAGGUGCGGACUGCUGAAAUUGUUGACAAAGGCCUCUUUGGUCUAGAUAACACUUUGUAUCAGAUUGAAAAGGAGAUAGAAGAGAAGGCUGAGCAGCUCACCUUGUAUUGUGCUAAUAGUGACCACUUACAGCAGCUUCAGGAAACAUACGAGUUUACAGCAAAUGUGGCGAGGCAGGAAGAAAAAGUACGGAAGAAAGAGAAGGAGAUCCUAGAAUCCAAGGAAAAGCAGCAAAGGGAGGCUUUAGAACAAGCUGUCGCCAAGCUUGAGAGACGACAUUCAGCCUUGCAGCGCCAGUCCACCAUUGAACUUGAGAUAGAGGAGCAGAAACGCAAACUGUCAGCUCUCAAAGGAAGCAAUCAGGAAGCCGGGCUGCAUGCCAGUCUGGAAGCUGAACACAAAGCGCAAGAGGAAGAUCGAGCAAGGUUAGAACGUGGAAUUCAAGAGCUGAAACAAAAGAUCUGCGAAAGUGACUGUGGUCUAAAGAGUUGCCUUGCCACCUGUGAUGAUAAACCAAGUCCUGCCAGCUCCCCCAAUGGUACCCCUUCUACUCCUAAGACACCUCAGUCAAAGUUGAUUGGCCUUGCUGAUGACGGGAUUAAUGCUUACAUUGAGCAGGAAGUUCAGAGAAGACUCCAGCAGCUCAGUCAGGUGAAUGGGGACAAUUGUGCUAUUGAUCUGUCGUUUUCACAUGAAGAUGGAAACACACAGGAAGAUGAAAAGUCUCCUAAUGGAUGUGACCCACGUAAAUUGAAAUAUGAGACAAAUGAAAGUCAUGUGCCAAAGCUUCAGGUCCUGUGCAUCCCAGAAGAAGCAGCUGCUUUUCUUGAGGUUACUGAAGAACAAGAAAGGACAAACCUAUUAAGUGAAAGUCAUUGUUUCAUGAGAUCAGAAGAUGUUUUUAUGUCACAGAAGGUGAUGACAUCUAGUCAUUCUGUACAUCCACAGCUUCUUUUGCCUUGUAACACUGGCAGUAAUGAAAUACAUUUUCCAGAAGAGUUGUUGAUGAGUUCAGUUAAACCACUAGAUUCUCUUUCUGUCCAGGAGGAAGAGACUAAGGAGCAGUAUAACAGUUGUAAUUGUGCAAAAAGGCAGAAUGGCAGCUCUAUGGGGGAUCAGCCAACUGAAGCCUUCCUACAUAUUUCUUCUAACAGAAUAAUGUUUCAGAAUUUGGGGCUGGAAAAGCCAGAUGUACAUAGACCAACUGAAAAAGCUCAUUGGGAGCAAAUCACAUCCAGAGAAAUGCUGCUUAAGGAUCGUUCUGAGCAUAAAGUACUGGAAAAUAAUUUGGGUCUCAGAAUCGUUGAAGCCACUGGACUGGGCUCUGUUGUAAGUCAAGUGUCUCGUGCAUAUGGGGACACUCGUCGCCACUUACGCAACAGCAGGAAGUUUCUUAGUCAGCUAAGGGAAGGCCGUUGGUGGAAUUCAGCCCUUAGUGGCUUCCCCUUUGUGCAAAGGAUGCAAUUUGAAGUCAGCAUGACACAGAAUAUCCAUGUCUCUGAACUGGCAGUCCGCAGCAAGUCCUGUACUUCAAUACCAGAGUUAAGCAUUUCAGGUGCCUUGUCACCAGUUACUCUGCCAGGAAGGGAGUCACUACAUUACAGAGGCAGAAGCUCAGUGUCUAUGUACAAAAUCGGAGAAUGUCAAGUGCUGCACCAGCGGCUGAUCACAUUUCCACCCGAACUCCAGAAACUUCAGUGUCUCCCAUUAUACAGAUUACUGGAGCAUCUGACCUUCAUUGCACCUGGGGUUGUUGAAUCCCAGGCUCAUCUCCAUCAAGUAUGUUGGCUAGCAGCAGCCAAUUGUAAAUGUCCCUGGCCACAAGCUGCCUGCAUCAUAUUUUCUUGCUCAACUGUCCUGGCUAUCAUUUCUAACCCUGAACCGGUCUUCCAUGUGCUUCCACUACAGAAUAUCCAGGAAAUUCAGGUGGGAUUUGCAGGGCAGAAUGUCCGAAUAUUAGGAUCUACAGAAGAUACAAUUUUGACCAUUUUUACAUACAAUAAGCAUCUUACUCAAGUCUUGUGCCGGACCCUGUUGAAAAUGUUGACUUGUUUUGACGAUGAAUCACCUUCCCUGAACCAUGCCCUCCUGAGGGAGGAUCUGCAGCAGCUUUCUAGAACCUGGAAUUUUGAAACCCCUGACCUGAUCCUGAGCAGUGGUGUACGUCUUAGCUGCAAAUUCACCAAGUCACUGGCUGACCUAGUGUGCAUGUUGCAUGCGAACAUGUCAGGCAAGAAACCUCCUCUAGGGCAUGUUAAUAUACUUUUUUAUGUCAGCAUGGUGGUUGAGAUUGCUGCUUCCUCUGAUCUCAUGUCUUUUGUACUGACUGACACUCAUAUUGGAGUUAUUCAAGAGGACAGUGUGUUUUAUCCAAUUCCAACUACCAUGUCACUUCAUCCAAAAAGGCCUCAAUUUGAAAAGACCCUUCUGCGUCAUCGUGCUGACCUAAGGUGUGUUUUCAUGACCACAGAAUUCAACCUGCCCAAACUUGAACUCUUUUUUGGCAGGAAAGAAGACACAGAUCAGACUGUGAGUUGGUUGGUCAACACACCACCUUCUACUGACAAUUUAAGUGAUUUGGAGGUCUGGAAACUUACCAUUGGUACUGCAGAAGAGGCCUCCUUCCUAAUUAAUAACUUAUUAGGUGUACAGGAACAAGUCAGUAAAAAGUGAAAUCUCGGAGCAUUGGAGCUUCAUUUGAGAAUCUUGGUAUUAACAACAUUGGCUUCGGAGAAGGCGGCAACAGAGCUCGAGGUCAUCUUGGUGCAAACAGCCAACACCCUAUGUUUAGGCUUCCAUGUCAUGGCAGGCAAAAUUAGAUUUGAAUUUUUAUUUCAGCCUUUCCAUGGGGAACAUAUUAAUAUUGCUUUUCAAAACACUUGUCAUCACAUGUACCUAUUCAUUAAAUUUAGAACAUACAGUAUAAGUGAAACUGUUAUUCAUUGAUGUUGCAUUUGUUUUUGGCCAUCAGGCAGAAGAGUUUCAGGUUGGCUAAGAUGGGUGGGCACAGUCUAGGUUUUAAAAUUCUACUGUUUUUUGUCAUUUUACCUGUCUAACUAAUAAAUACCUGAAUGCCACAUUUUGUGUUGUUAUG